AUGACACGAGUGGAUGGAGGAGGCUGUGAUGGUGGACAGGUGAGCAUGGCAAACCCCGUGGGCGUUUGUUUGCGUGAUUUUUCGGAGAAGUGUGCACGCGUGUGCGAAGCCUGUCUAGCUCAGUUGGUAGAUCGCAAGAUUCUUAAUCUUGUGGUCGUGGGUUCGAGCCCCACGUUGGGCGACUACCAAUUAUGCGAUCGAAACGGGUGCAGUCCCGAUCUCUUUAGAGCCGCACUUUUUCCGUCUCUUCGUUACAGUGGUUUAUCAGCUGGAUUGGCUCUAGAACAAGGCGCACCAUUCUCGACCACUCGAAUCGGGCAGGCUGAGGGUCGGACGUUACCGCGUGUUCGCAACCCAGUCCAUACUAUCUCUUCUCGGAUAGAAACCAAUGGGCAGUACCAUGGUGAUGGAGUAACACAACUGGGUUGGACUGCCAUGUGA